CGUCAUAUCUGUGCGCCUCAAAGACCGCUGUGUACUCUGUCGGAGCAGAUGAGGCUUCGUCUACAGCUUUUCACAUGUCGAUGUCUCAUCAUCUGUCUGGGAAAAUAAUAAACUUUAGCUAAUGAAAGCAAGUGUCUGUUCUGGUGGGGGGAUUUGCCAUCCGAAACCGACCGGCUCUGUCUGCGUGAAAUAGGGAAUGAACGACGAGACAGCAUCGGACAGCUGGAAGAGAAACUCCGGGUGCUCCAGUAUUGAGCAAAUGCUGGCUGUGAAUCCCGGAAAGACGCCCAUCAGUCUGCUGCAGGAGUAUGGAACGCGGAUAGGCAAGACCCCAGUGUAUGACCUGCUGAAGGCCGAGGGACAGGCCCACCAGCCCAACUUCACAUUCCGCGUCUCCGUCGGAGAGAUCAGCUGCACCGGCCAAGGGCCCAGCAAGAAGGCAGCCAAGCACAAAGCAGCUGAGGCUGCUCUGAAGAUGCUCAAGGGAGGCCUCGGAGUUCCCGCCGGAGUCGGUGUUGGAGUAGACGGAUUUAUUGGGGUUGAUGUGCCUGCUGAUGGAGACAGUUCACAGUCAGAGAUGAAGACCUCGGGCAGUUCUCAGCAGUCUGAAUGUAACCCUGUGGGGGCUCUGCAGGAAUUGGUGGUGCAGAAAGGAUGGCGUUUGCCAGAGUACACAGUCACCCAGGAGUCUGGUCCAGCACACCGCAAAGAGUUCACCAUGACCUGCAGAGUCGAGAGAUUUGUUGAAAUUGGAAGCGGGACAUCUAAGAAGUUAGCCAAAAGAAACGCAGCAGCUAAGAUGUUAUCACGUAUCCAUGAUGUCCCAGUAGACCUGAGGACCAGCAAUGACGCUGACACCGAAGAUGACACAUUUACCAUGCACAUGGGAAGCAGAGCUGAGUCUGGCAAGAGCAAAGGUUUCAGCUGUACAUGGGACUCUCUGCGUAACUCAGCUGGAGAGAAGAUCCUCCAGCUCCGUAGCCACCCUCUGGGUAUGCCCUCCGACUCCAACUUCUGCUCCUUGCUGAGUGACCUGUCUGUGGAGCAGCGCUUCGACGUCAGCUAUCUGGAUCUAGAGGAGCGCAGCCUCAGCGGCCUGUGUCAGUGUCUAGUGGAGCUGUCCACACAGCCAAUCACAGUGUGCCACGGCUUUGCUCCAAAUAUAGAUGCUGCUCGAGCCAACGCGGCCCACAAUGCACUGCAGUACCUCAAAAUCAUGGCGGGAGGGAAAUGAUCGGCCUCGAUGAUUUCCUCCUCGCAGACUCAAACUCGUUGCUACACAAUGCCAUCAUAAAUUUCUGCUUCGGACAACGGAGGCACUUGAUGUGUUUAAAUAAUGUGAAUUACCUCAGAUUUGGAAAUGGAGACUUUUACUGACCCCAGAUUAACUCCAGGAGUUCCUUUUUAGCCCCACUGGCAUCUAACUGAAGCCACUGAAGACUUGGUUACCCAAAAACUCAGACGCCCCUCGUUUUUUUCUGCAUAUUUGUCACUAAUUUUUUAAAAAUACAUUUUCAGCCUUUUUACUUUUCGUCCUCAUGCCAUCCACUGUAUUUUCCAUAGUCUUAUCUAAAUUAUAAAUGGUGCUUAUGCAGUAACUUUCUGUCCCACUUAACUCCAGACAAAUUCGGAUGCAGUUAAAAAAUGCAAAAGGUGAAAGUGGUUUGUAAAACUGGGUGUUGGAUUUAUUGGUGCUUUGUUGAAUCCCGGUUCUCAUGGUUGGACGUAAAAAAAACCCCAAAACACUCCAGCCAUGCUGCUGAAACACUGAGAGGAAGAGACUCUGCUGAAUAAAUAUCAGAGGAUAAUUAUUUUAAAGAUGGACCUUUUUACAGAUGAGCUGAAAAAAGUGGCUCUUCUAUUUUCGUUUUUUAUCGAUUUGACCCCAGAAACUUCAAGUAUUUGUGUCUGUGACGUUCUUAAUGUUUGGCCAGAUUAUCUUUGUUUAAGGUUAUGACUUCAAAUUAGGUGUAAAGUUUUGGAAACUCUUGUAGGAAUUUCAUAUUCAAACUGUCUAUUACUCUUUUUUUAGAUUGCAACAUUUGCAUGAGGUGCUUUGUAGAUCGUUUUCUGGUACAUUUAUGACCGGGCUGAAAGAGGAAGAAGUACGAGUUUCUUAUAAUUAUUAAACAUAGUUACUUAAAGCUUUCUUUAUCACAGACCUUACAAAGCUACCACAUAUUUUUAUGUGAAUUUUCAAUAAUAUUACCUCAGUAAUGUCUUUUGUGCUUGUAACACCCAGUAUUUGUCAUUUAAACCCCCGUGUUUUUCUCUGUUUUUUUCUUCCCAACAUGAAUGUGACUCCAAUUAUGACAUUUAAAAACUGAUGACAAUUUUCCAGAUUCUAUUCUUUGACUACCUGUUGUGUCUUUAUGAAAGGUUUUGCCACAGCUGACCUCACUGUCGUUCUGUAUUGGUCGUUGCACUCAAUAUAUGUAUUGAAAAUAGUCUAGAGUUUGCACUACUACAGAUAAAAUCUUUUGCACAAUGCAGUCUGACCACAUUUCUGUACAUCUACCAGCACUGGCAUCAACUUCAGUGUGCUUGAUGUGACGUUGACCUCAUUCUCCGAAAUGGCAGAUCUGCAUAAUGUUUUUCUGAUUUUGGAAAGAGGAAGUUAACUGCUGGGUUUUAAUGAAUUUUAGGUGCUGACACCAUUGACGUCACUGUGGACAGUACAUUUGACGAAGUGGUGUUCGGAGAAAAUAUUGCCCAGUUGAAAAAGGUGUAAAUGAAAUACAAGCUUUAUGGGAAAUUGUUUUCAAUAAAACAUUUUUUGUCCAUUUUA